GGGAGUGGAAGGACGGAGAGCAGCAAAACAACCUGAAACAAGGAGGAGGAAGAAGAGGCAGGACACGGGAAAGACAUCUGAGGAGAAAACAUCUGGAAAAAGACCAAAAGCUGAAAAUGGGAAAGAACCAAGAGAAGAAGAAGAGCUGAGAGACAAAAUUAGAGGUAGACGUGAUGAAGGUUUUCUCUUCCUAAAAGGAGCUGUAAGUUUGUCCCUCUGCACGUGUGCGUCACUGUGAAUCAUAGAUAGAGACUGAACACCUGUUAUUCUGAGAUGACAGAGCGUAACAGUUUUCAGCAUGUGUGCGUCUGUGCGUAUGUUGGGCUGUCUCUGCAGCAUUUUAUCUACCUGCACGCUGUGUGACCUUCCUUAGUCAGCAGGCAGAGUGUGACUGCAGAGAGAAAAAAGAGCGAGAAAAAGGAGAGGUGGAGAGAGGGAGUGUCUACAGGAAGUGGGAAGAGAGAUAGUGUGUUAAAGUGGAGUAGUAGCAGAGGGAGUUGUUGCAUUGUGAUUAGUGUGCUUGUGCCGUCUGCACUGUCCUCUCAAUUUAAGACCUGUUCCUUACUGCGUGGGGAUCUCUGGGAAAAACAGAGGACUGGAUUUUUAACCCUCAAGCGGCAACAGCUACUAAGUCCCACUUCGACCUGGGACACUCAGACUGGACUCAGACAAGCCAAGGAUUUGUUAUGGCAGUGUGAAUUUUCUUCUUGAAUUUUUGAUCACUCCUUCAACUGCAGUGCUCUGAACACUCUGGAACAAUGGAUGUGUCAAGCAACCCUCAGGGGUGCCCAGCUCGUGCUCCCAUCACAGGAGAUCCCAGGACAGGGGAGGCUAGGACGGGAGAGGGGAUUAGAAUGGGCGAAAGAGACACCCCGCUAAGGCUGUCACCUUUCCGGAUGCUCCGAGUGUUGGACUCAUGCCGUCCUCCAGGGAACCGUAUUGGUAUCGUCCAUGAAAAUGUGAAGAUGGGUUCAGAUGGGGAGAGCGACCAGGCAUCAGGGACGUCUUCUGAUGAGGUUCAGAGUCCAGUCAGGGUCCGCAUGAGGAACAACCAUCAUCGGCGGAUCUCUAAUGAGGACAUCAACAAGCGUCUGUCUCUUCCGGCUGAUAUCAGGCUACCGGAGGGCUACUUGGAGAAAUUUGCCAUGAACAGCCCGCCCUUUGACAAGCCCAUGAGCCGCAGGCUACGGCGCGCUUCAUUGUCUGAAAUCGGCUUUGGGAAACUUGAGACCUACAUCAAACUGGACAAACUGGGGGAGGGGACCUAUGCUACAGUGUUCAAGGGGCGAAGCAAGUUAACAGACAACUUAGUAGCUUUGAAAGAGAUCCGACUGGAGCAUGAAGAGGGGGCACCCUGCACGGCCAUCAGAGAAGUGUCUCUACUGAAAGACUUGAAGCAUGCCAAUAUUGUCACUCUCCAUGACAUCAUCCACACUGACAAGUGCCUGACUCUCGUGUUUGAGUAUCUGGAGAAGGAUCUGAAGCAGUACAUGGAUGACUGUGGGAGCAUCAUGAGUGUUCAUAAUGUCAAGAUAUUUCUCUUCCAGCUGUUGCGGGGUCUGGCCUACUGCCAUAGAAGGAAGGUCCUCCACAGAGACCUCAAACCUCAGAACCUGCUCAUCAAUGAAAAAGGAGAGCUCAAACUGGCUGACUUUGGAUUGGCACGAGCCAAGUCUGUUCCUACGAAGACCUACUCCAAUGAGGUUGUAACAUUAUGGUACCGACCGCCGGAUGUGCUGUUAGGGUCCACUGAGUACUCGACACCCAUCGAUAUGUGGGGUGUUGGCUGCAUCUUCUAUGAAAUGAUCACUGGCAGACCUCUCUUCCCUGGUUCCACUGUGGAGGAUGAGCUUCACUUGAUAUUUCGUAUUCUUGGUACCCCCACAGAAGAGACUUGGCCUGGAAUCACAACCAGUGAGGAGUUCAAGACGUACAAUUUCCCCCAGUACAACGCAGAGCCCCUCGUCAACCAUGCACCAAGGAUAGACAGCGACGGUCAUGAUUUGCUUGCAAUGCUCCUACAGUUUGAGGCUAAGAAGCGGGUUUCAGCAGAGGAUGCUCUCAGACAAUCAUAUUUCAGAAGCCUCGGGGAGGAAGUCCAAACACUGGCUGACACUGCAUCCAUCUUCUCUGUAAAAGGCAUUCAGCUACAGAAGGAUCCAGGGAAGAGGUCCUCCGUCUACCCAGAGUCAGCGAUGGCCCAUAAGCUAGGCUCUGCACCCUCGCAGUACUUCCAGAGAGAAGCAGCCAAUCCCAGGGCUCAGAGUCACAAUCUCUCCUCCACUUCCACUGGCUGAGUGGCCCCUAUCCUUCUGCCCAGGGGAAGAGCAGGAGGCAGAGUGUGCUGUUUUAGUGCUGGCGGCAGGGGCGCUGAGCUGAGGAGGACGGUGACACGUGGACUUGUCCUGUCAGACAUACAUUCACUGACCCUGCCACACACACUACUGAAUGGCGGGACACACACUCUGCCACAUUUACACACACACACACACUGAAGAAGAAAAAACACACACAGGACAACAGCUGAAGAACUCACACUUAACGAAAAAAAGAACAGAAGACUCGACUUGAUAAAAAAAAACUGAGACGUUCGUGAUGCUGGAAGAAAAGUGGGAGAGUACCAGAAGAUUCUCCUUGCUGCUACUACCACUGCUGUCCAGAAGAGGGCAGCAUUUAGGAUGUCAGCUGUUUGUGAACUUGCUGUAUCAGUGAGCUGUGAGGAAGAAGGAGUGGACACGAAAGAGAGAGCAAACCUUUCACUUUCUCCUGCGCCUUUCUUUUCUUUUUGUUUCAGACUUUUGCUGUACAUAAAGAGACUGAGAUGUAGGACUCUGCCUUGUCAUAACACGCCUCAGCCUGAAUCCAAACUUUUGCACCUCAAACCCUAAACCCUCGCCUAACCUGAUGGCCCUUUACGACAUGAUCUUUAAAAAAAAAAGAAAAAGACACUAUCUCUCUUUCUCUCUCUCUUUCUCUCUCUCUCUCUCUCUUACUCUCUUACUAUCAGCUUCUCUUUCCACACAUGAACACCGAAGUUUCACUUGAAAAGUUUGUAGAUCAAAGGAGUUUACAAUGAUUAAACUUUAGCACCUUAGUGUCCGGUAGAGGUCAGGGUGGCUUUCAUUACUUUACCUCAUCAGUCACUCAUGCAGAGAAGGAUGUGAAGUACACGCUUCAUAUCAAAAAGAAACCCAAAAAAGAGAAUCAAGUGGUUUUGAUUUGUUCCUACUCUUGAAACCCCCGUAAACUAGUGAUACACUACUAUUGCAUUCAUCACACACUGUAAAAAACACUCACUGCAAGAUGCUUAAGUUUCGGUACACAUGAAGAACAAACUGCAAGGACAGAGAGGUAAAGAAAGUGUACAAAUCCUCACCUGCUUAUCUUAGACACCCCCUUUCCUCUUUUGCCUUGACUCAGAAGUCGUCAUUGAUUUGUUGUGUAAUGUACAGCUGUCCAUGUUCUCUUUUGCACCUGCUUUUACCUCCUUAGAUCAUGAUCCUUGCACCUGUCCUCUCCAACACCAUGUGCAUUUAUUUUUACUUUUUUAUGUUUGAAUCUGUACAUAUGAUCAUACUUUUUACUUGCAAGAAGCAAAGAUAAUUCCAGGAUGCUGUUCUCAGUCUUCGCCGUGUUCCCCAAGCAGAACGGUGGCGAUUGGGGACGUGUUGCACAUUCCUUGAGCUCAGGACUUUUUGCUUGUGUUGUUUGUGAGGUACAGCAGGUUUUGUUUGUCUCCCCUGUGUGGCAGAGUGAGUCAAACAUGGGGGGGGGGGGGGGCUGUAAGUGAAGAUUAGGAAGAGCACUCAGCAUCAUUUCUGUAUCGUCAUUCAUUCCCUGUUGAUUUGACAUCAUAUUGCUGUUCAGUGACUACCUUAAUCAUGUCUCUAUCUGUCAUCUAAUCAAGCAUGUUUGUGAAUUGAACGUAGUUCAAAAUGUCAGUUGGUUUGUGAAAUAGCUGCAGCUGGAAAACAGGUAAUAAUAUGACUUUGAUAACACAUUAACCAUAAUGGCUCCUUAGUAAGUCUGAAGACUGUACCUUAGAUAAGAUAAAAAUACCACAGAUAGUUUGUAUGAAAAUCCAAGCUGUAAACAAUUAAGUCUUACUGGGUGCUGAAACACAGCAGGACUGCAGUGUUGUUUCCUGCUGUUAUUGCCCCAGGCUGCCAGAAACAACAGGACCAAAGUCCAUCCUCCAAGCACCAAGUGUUCAAGCACACAAACUGUUUCCCUCACCAUGUCCACAUGUACUGUUUCUACGAGUCUGUAUGAGUUUUCUGUUCCUUAGACACAGACCUCAGACCACUUCUCCUACAACUGCUUCAGAAUGGGUGAAGUAAUCCCUGGUCUUUGUCUGUCAGAAGGACUAUUUCUCUAUCCAGAGUGUGACAGUACAAUAUGUAGCAUGUACAUAGACGAUCCCUCACUCUGUAUAUACGUAUGAAAAUGUACAGGUUUGAUACAGCUAUUCACACUCUGGCUUUUCUUGUGUUUCUUUUCUUUACUGAAAGUCAUAGCAAUAUUUCUGUAAUCAAUAAAGCCAAGGUAACAGGAUGGGAAUGAUUGCAUUUGUUUAGUAGAAAUGACUGUGAAUGAUCAAACUGUGAGACUUGACAAAAUCAAUGACAGGUUAUUUUUUCUUGCUGUUUAUCAUGCUGAAUCCAAAAGGCUGAUGUGAAGUAUGAUGUUGGAAUGGAGUAUAACACACUGAUUAAUUUGAUUUUUAUCAAUGAAAGCCAUAAAAAGGUCAUAUAUGGGUGAUCAAGGUCUGUUUGUGUGCAGGGGACUGUGUACUAUGUUUGAGAACAGACCUUUUGAAGUAAAGGGGAUGUGUACAC